UUAAGGUUAGGUAGUUUCCACACAUGAUCGCAAGGAUCACAAGUAUUUUCACCUGCAAAUGAUUUUGUCAUUAUAAGCUUAUUUUAUAUAUCAAUUGUGUAAUAAAUAGUGAAUUGAAGUACGAAAUAAUUAAAAAAUGCCUCGAGGAUUCAAUUUUUUGGAUCUCGUUUGCAAAGAAUCGGUAAAAUAUUCCAAUUUGCCGGAAAGGUACAUCAAACGUGCCGGAGAGCAAAUUUCUUGGAAAACACCACGAGGUCUACCAAAUUAUUUACCUCGUACUGUACAACGUAAAAAAUUUAAUUUUUCAAAUCAUCGACCAUGGACGCAAGAAUUUGCUAUGGAGAAUCGCAGGACUAUUCCUUUUAAAAGAGUUCCCAUUGAACCAAUUAAAAAAUGGUCCUUUUUCCGCGGUGACAAGGUUGAGAUUUUGACUGGCAAGGACAAAGGAAAACAAGGAACGGUUUCGUUAAUUUUCCAAGAAAGAAACUGGAUACAUGUUGAAGGACUCAAUACCAAAAUGCAUACAGUAAUGGAAAGUAAGGGUUUUCCAGGUGUAAAUGUAUUGAGAGAACAACCCCUUCUUGUAACUGAAGAAGUUUCUCUCGUGGAUCCCAGUGACAUGCAACCUACUGAAGUUGAAUGGAGAUUCACAGAAGAAGGCGAAGAAGUUCGUGUUUCGUUACGAACGGGUAGAAUAAUUCCUAUUCCCACUGCAGAUCAAGAGACGAUUGAUUAUAAAUUGCCAAAAUUAUACAAACCUAGCGUUAAAGAUACGAAGAAAGUGGACGUUGAAAAAAUCACAUUCAAGCCUGAAUUGAAAACUUUUGAAAUGGACAUCAUGGAUAAAAUGGGAAUAAACGAAGAUCGGGUUCCUAAAAAGGUUUAUUGGUAUUGAAUAUACUUUUAGUGUUUGUAUAAUAAUUAAAUUGCAAAUUGUCUACAAUUUAUUACAAUAAAUGAUUUAUUAAGUUUAAACAA